AUGGAACACCACCACCUGGAGGAAUCCUACCACCACCAGGAGGAACACCUCACAACCACCAGGAACGGAGGAACACCACCCCACCACCACCUGGAGGAACUCGCACCACCAGGAGGAACACCACCACCGGGAGGAACACCACCCGGACACAGAGGAACACCACACCACCACCAGGAGCCAACUCCACCGCCCAUGGAGGGACUUCCACCACCGGAGGAACACCACCACACAGGAGAAACACACCACAGGGAACUCCACCACCAGAGAUACUCCAUCCACCAAGGUAGGAACACCACCACCCAGGAGGAACACCACCCACCUGAGGAACUGCCUAACCACCUGGAGACUCCGAUACCAGGAAGGAAACACCACCAAGAGAACACCACCACCAGGAGGAACUUCACCACCUGGGAGGAAACUCCACCACAAGCGGAGGACUCCUACCACCAGGGAGGAACUCCACCACCUGAGGAACAACCACCACCUGGGCAGGUAACACCACCACCAGGAGGGAACACAACCUACCUGGAGGAACACACCACCUGGAGAAAACACCACCACCAGGAAACCACCACCACCCACGCACCUGGAGGAACACCACCAGCCGGAGCGAGGAGGAACACCACCACAGGAGGAACUCCCACCACCACACCAGGGGAACACCUACCACGUGGCAGGAACACCACCACCGGGAGGAACACCCACCCAGAGGAACUCACCACCUGGAGGAAAACUCCACCACCUGAGAACUCCGACCACCUGGAGGAACACCACCAGGAGGAACACCAACCGACACCAGGAGGAACAUCACCAGGACCACAGGAGGAACACCACCACCAGGAGGACACUUCACCACCGGAGGAACACCACCACCACCCACCACCAGGAGGAACUCCACCACAAGGAGGAACUCCACCACCAGGAGGAACACCACCACCAGGAGGAACACCACCACCUGGAGGAACUCCACCACCUGGAGGAACACCACCACCAUGA